AUGGACAGCCACUACUACCGCGGAGCAAACUAUUAUGUUAACGCAACGUCUCCAGUGUCGGCGGGAGGAGACUACCUCGAGUCUCCCACGUUCUUAGAGGCACCGGCACUCGUCCGACAACUGUCCGACGCCAGCUCGAGAGAGCCUCUCACCCCGUCCUCCUACGGCUCGCCUGGAUCUCCGGGCAUGUCGUACGCCUACCACACCAUGAGUCACUCUCCGGCGGACGACAGCUAUGCGGCAUACUACGGCGAGGACGCCGCGUACUACGGCGACGAAUACGCCAGCACCGCGACGUCCUCGUCGGCGCAGCAAGCCGGCGAAGCCUACUACGGCGACGUCGACUGGUCAAAAUAUGACUACGUCCCCACCGAAGACGGAGGUUAUUGGCAGAUGAAACCACGAUUCGUUCCUGCAGGACAGUAUCCACCGGUGAUACCUCACUCGGGGGGCCAGGAGCAGCAAGAGGCGGUAGACUACAAGUUCCCCUGCCUCGAGGCGGGCUGCAGCGCGAACCCGUUCAAGCGCAAGGCGGACCUGGAGAGACACUACAGACAAGUCCAUCAAGACCCGUCCAAGAAGGAAGCUCACAAGUGCGACUACCCCAAGUGCUCGAGGAAGAACGAACCGUUCGGACGGCGAGACCACUUCCGGGACCACCUGCGAGACUAUCACAACGAGGACAUCUUCAAGCGGGGGACGCACGUGGACGACAGCUGGCUCCAGGGCCGCAACCUCUCGUCGCGGUGGUGGCGGUGCUCAAAGUGCCUGAUCAGGGUCGACGUCAACUCGUACCCCGACCACGUUUGUCCGAAAUGCAAGAACCCGUGCGAGGACAAGCGCAAGCGGGCUCGAGGUUGGCAUUGA